AUGAACGGGCGAAACAACCAAGGAAAAAGCAAAGAUAACGACCAAAAAACAGGGCUACAACGUAGCAAGCAAGGUCUAACGGGAGGACAAAAGUCGGCUUUGAAGGAAAACGGUGUCUGUCUCUUGUUCACUAACGGCCGGGUAUGCGCGAAAACGUCUGCUAGGCUCCAAAAAGAAAACGAAAGAGAAAGGCGAGAAGAAGGUCGGAGGAAGGGUGAAGAGAGCGAGAGAGGAACAGAGAGAGAUAGAGAGAGAAGAGAGAAGAGAGAGAGAGAAAGAACAAGAGGCGAGGAUGAGGAUGAGGAUGAGGAUGGAAGAAGAAGAAGAAGAAGAGACGAAGAUGAAGAUGAGACGAAGUUGAGGAAGAAGAAGAAGAAAGUCGAAGUUUUGGCUCAAAGGGGGAAAAAGGCAAAAAGAGACGCGCGCUAA